UCAACGGGUCUACAUUUAUCCUAUAAAUAAAAAUAUUGAAAAAGCUUCAUUAGUUUUAAGAUAAUUAUGAUGAAAGCAUCAUACCUACAAAGCUAAAAAUCUUAACAUAAAGAAAGAAGGGUUGGUUUUAAAGAGAGACCAAACCAAUGUAAAACACUUGAUAGGAACUUAUUUGUCCAUAUCUAUUUGCCCUUUGGGGUCAUCUGAAAACCACUCUUUAUGAUUUUGUAACAGCAAAAGAAAGAAAGAAAGAAAGAAAGAAAGAAAAUUAUACAAAUUGACAGACUCACAUGUGGGUCAGAUCAUAUAGCGCCACAACACACACAAUCUCAGCAUGUUAGUCACGCGUCCCUAUGCCAAUAUCACUCACCUACAACAAUCCAAUCUUAUAUAAUUCACCGCCAAUUAUUGAACUUCAUCAGCCACCAAAUUUCAUACAUAUAUAUAUGUACAAAUUCUACAAGCAAAGAUAAGAUUAGAAUCAAACCAAAGUUUCAACCAUGUGGAGAGACCUUCCAUUUGAUCUCCUAGCCAAUAUUUUUUACUUUCUUUCACCUGAUUCACUUGCCUGCGCGCGCUCCACAUGUCGACAGUGGCAAAACUGUGCCAAGACUCGACCUUUAUCUCACUCUAAGCACUACCCAGAUUGGUUUAUGGCCUUACCAAAUCGGAGCAACACUCAAUUCUGCUAUGCCCACAAUCCCAUAUCAAAGAAUUGGUACUCAAUUCCUAUUGAUUUCUUACCUGGAGUUGGAGUUGGAGGAGUUAAGCCACUUGGGUCUGUAAAAAGCCUUAUUCUUUUCAGAACCACAAGCCUCAAUACUUAUCCCCAUUUACUCCUUUGUAACCCUUUUACAAAGGAAUACAAACAACUUCCUAAGCUAAACAUGUCCAGAACCAAUCCAGCUGUGGGUCUCAUAGCUCUAGACGAUGAUGAUGAUGAUGAUGAUGAUGAUGAUCACUCCUUCUCUUCCUCUUUCCCCAGUUUCAAGGUCUACGUGGCAGGUGGGAUGUCAGACUCGCCAACCAGUGGUUGUUCAGCUUACGAGUCCACGUUGGAAAUGUACGAUUCACAUUACGACACGUGGCAGAUUGUUGGGUCUUUACCAAUGGAAUUUGCUGUGAGACUCACUGUUUGGACACCAAAUGAUAAUGUGUACUGUAAUGGAGUGAUGUACUGGAUAACAUCAGCUCGUGCUUACAGUUUAAUGGGUUUUGACAUUUCGUCGAACACAUGGAGGGAGUUGAGAGUUCCAAUGGCUAGUGAGCUUGAAUUCGCGUCUAUUGUGUUGAGAAACGAGAAAUUGACCCUCGUGGGUGGCACGUGUGGUGAUUGUGCGUCCGUGUGGGAAUUGGGUCAGGGUGAUACCUGGGUUUUGGUUGGGAAGGUCCCAUUUGAGCUUAAAAAGAAGUUUUUGGGGGAAAAAGGAAGUUGGGUUAGUACAAAGUGUGUGAGCAGUAAUGGAGCAAUUUACUUGUACAGAGAUCUUGAGUCUGGAAUGAUUGUUUGGAAGGAAAAAGAAGAAGAAGAAAAGGGUAAGUGGGAAUGGUUUUGGAAUGAGGGUUGUUCUUCAGUUAGAGGAAGAAAAGUCCCAAAUUUGCAGAUCAAAGGAGUGAUUUUUCCUCCAAAUCUUUCUCCUUCAUGCUUCUUUUAGAUUAGAUUUUAAAUUAAAUUACACAAACUUUUGUUUUUGUACAUGAGUUCUCUGUUUUUCAUUCAUAAUGUUAAAAUAAAUUAGAAAAAGCUUCAGUUUGAAUGUAA